CACUAAAUACUCAUCACAUAUUCACUAAUCCCCACACCAAAAUCAGGAGGAAGAAAAAGGCCCUUGGCCUUGCAGAUCUGGUGAGAGCAGAUCAGAUCAGAUCUCCAUCCAUUCACUCUGCAUUUUCUCUGGGCCUGUGAAAAUGAAGGCGAUUCUUACCACAUUGGUGCUUCUGGGCAUUCUCUGUUCGGCAAAUGGGUUCAACAUAACAAAGAUCCUGGCCAAGACGCCUAGUUUCAGCGUCUUCAACAGCUAUCUCUCGCAGACGAAGCUGGCGGACGAGAUCAACAGCAGGAAGACCAUCACAGUCCUGGCCCUCAACAACGCAGCAAUGGCGUCGCUGACGUCACUGCCCCUGUCCGAAAUCAAGCGCACCCUGAGCCUCCAUGUGGUCUUGGACUUCUUCAACCCAACAAAGCUCCACGACAUAAGCAACGGCACAACGCUCACCACCACGCUCUACCAGACAACGGGCAACGCUCCUGGCAACUCCGGGUUCGUCAACAUCACGGAUCUUUCCGGCGGGAAGGUGGGCUUCGGGACCGCCGCAAAGGGCACAAAACUUGACGCCACAUACGUCAAGAGCGUCGCAGAGGAGGGCUACAACAUCUCUGUGCUUGAGAUCAGCCAGCCCAUUACCACCAGUGUGGCCGAAGCUCCGGCGCCGUCACCUUCUCAGGCCAACAUUACGGCGCUGCUGGUAAAAGGCGGCUGCAAGAUCUUCGCCGGAAUGUUAGCCUCCACAGGGGCCAUGAAGACUUUUGAAGACAAUGCCGAGGGAGGGCUCACUGUUUUUGCUCCCAGCGACGCCGCCUUUACGCCCGCCGUCAUGAAAAUGCUCAAGAAUCUGACGGCUGAUGAUCAGGUUUCGCUCCUGCUUUACCACGGGCUGCCCACUUAUAGUCCCCUGGGCACUCUCAAGACCACCAACGGGCACCUCAACACGCUUGCCACUGGCGGCGGGGCAAAGUACGCGCUGACCGUAACGACUGCUGGUGACACCGUUACUCUUUCUACUGGUGUCGAUAAGGGCAUCGUUGCUAGCACCAUUAUUGACAACCAGCCCAUUGUCGUUUUCACCGUCAACAAGGUUUUGCUGCCCACCGAUCUCUUCAGCCCUGCUCCUGCCCCUGCCCCUGCCCCCGAAGCCGAUGUGCCCGCCACGUCACCCGAGGCUUCUUCCCCUCCCGCCCCCGCUGGCCCCUCCGAUAGCCCCUCCGCCUCCGCCGCCCACUCCCCCGCCGCCGCUGCCAAGUCCGAGAAGUCUGCGGCCGUUGUGACUGCCAGCUGUCAGACAAGUGUGUUCGUGGUCUUGGCGCUCGUUGCCGGUGCGUUCUUUGCGUUGUAGAUAGAUAGAUGGACAGGUUUUUUUUGGUUUUUGUGUAUUCGAUUUUAUCUUUUUUGUGGCGAAUAAACAGAGUUUGGUUUCUGUUAUAGCCUGAUUUGGACUUAUCCGGACUCCUUGUCUUUGGAAAUUCAUUUAUUUUUAUUUAUUCAUAUGAUGAUGUGGGUCUUCGUGUCUGGAGAUCUCUGAGUCCAGAUACGCCGUGUAAUUGUCUCAUGAUAUAUCAAUUCUGUUAUGAUUUUUUCCCUGA